CGGUCAUCUCUCUCUCUCUCUCUCUCUCUCUCUCUCUCUCUCUCUCAGAGGCUGAAGACUAGGGUAUUCUCACACUUCUGAGCGACCAUGCUGACCGGGGAUAUACCUCCUAAUCAGACCAUAUACAUAAAGAAUCUCAACGAAAAGGUCAAGAAAGAAGAAUUGAAAAGAUCUCUUUAUGCCUUAUUCUCGCAAUAUGGAAGGAUCAUGGAUGUUGUUGCCUUGAAGACGCCCAAGCUUCGUGGACAAGCCUGGGUUGUGUUUAUGGAAGUAACAGCUGCCAGUAAUGCAGUGCGGCAAAUGCAAAACUUCCCAUUUUAUGAUAAACCUAUGAGGAUCCAAUAUGCAAAAACAAAGUCAGACUGUGUUGCUAAAGAAGAUGGAAGCUAUGACAAGAAAAAGAAGCUAGAAGAAAAAGCUGAAAGAAAGCAGCGUGCUGAAGAAGCGCAGCAGUCUUCCAGGGCUAAUGGUGCAACUGCUGAAAAUGGAAGCUCAGCGGCCCCAUUCCGCCAAGGAAAACCAAGCGUAAAAGAAGCAGUAGCUCCAAACAAUAUACUCUUCAUAGAGAAUCUGCCCUACGAAGCCACUAGUAUGAUGUUGGAAAUGCUUUUCCAACAAUAUCCUGGAUUUAGGGAAGUCCGGAUGAUUGAAGCAAAGCCAGGUAUCGCCUUUGUAGAAUUUGAAGAUGACCAGCAGUCCUCUAUGGCGAUGCAGGCCCUUCAAGGCUUCAAAAUCACACCUCAGAACCCCAUGACCAUCACUUUUGCCAAGAAGUAAACAAUAUUAUUUUCAUAGCAAUCGUUGUCUCCGAUUAAGUCCUUGAAUUUUUGGUGUUGAAGAGUUUUAUGCGUACUACAGUCUCGGUAGAUCUUUUAAGUAACCAACUCCGGCUACUGAUUUUCGCUACAUCUGAUUUAGAUGAAAGCAAGAAAUUCUAUAUGGUAAUUAUGCUAUUUUGUGA